AUGUCAUCGUAUAGAAACUCAAAGAAACCAUCGUCUAAUGGAGAUGUAGAUCCAUUUAUUGAUGUUUCGGAAUCAAGAAGAAGACAGUCCAAGAGGGACGAUGCUAUAAGAAGAAAAAUUGAAAAUGAUUUAAGCAAAAAGAAGAAAAGUGGAACCAGGACUACAAGACAUAAGAAGGGAGUUCCAGGUACCGUUUUAUCGUUAAAGCCAUCCGAGCCAAUUAUUUGUAAAACAAGUUCAACAGUUUAUGAAGUGUCACAAUUGAUGUCAGCUAAAAGAGAAAAUUGUAUAUUGGUAGUGAAUGACAUUGGGGAAUUAUUGGGUAUUUUCACAGCUAAGGAUUUGGCAUUUAGAAUAGUCGGGGCUGGUUUGAGUGCUACUCUGGUGACAAUUGACCAGAUUAUGACCCCAAACCCAAUGUGUGCUAACUCUGACACUCCAGCCUCAGAGGCAUUAAAUUUGAUGGUUCAUAAGGGCUUCAGACACUUGCCGGUAUUAGACGAGAACAACCAAAUAGUUGGGGUGUUAGAUAUUACAAAGUGCUAUGCACAGCAGAUGGAAAAAUUAGAGAGAAUGCAUGCGUCUUCCAAAAAAUUAUAUGAAGCAUUGGAUAAUGUUCAUUCAGAAAUGGGAAUGAUGCAGCAACCUUUACAUGUUUUUCAAUAUUUUGAAAACUUGAAAAAUAAGAUGAAUGGUCCUACUUUGGAAAGUGUGUUAGAUGCGUCAACAACUCCAGUAUAUACUACGGUCAAAACUACUGUUUAUGAUGCCACAGUAUUGAUGAAAGAAAACAAAACAACUGCAGUUUUGAUCAAAGAUACCAACGAAGAAGUUGCUGGAAUUUUCACUUCCAAAGAUGUCGUAUUAAGAGUUAUCGCUGCAGGGUUAGAUCCAAAGAAAUGCUCUAUUGUUAGAGUGAUGACUCCACAACCUGAUGUUGCCAAACAAGAUUUGUCGAUCCAGGAAGCUUUGAGACAAAUGUUUGAAGGCCGCUAUUUGAAUUUACCAAUCAUCGGAAAAGAAAAUGAUAUCGUUGGUAUAGUUGAUGUUUUAAAAUUGACAUAUGCAACUUUGAAUCAAAUUAAACAAACUGAGAGUAAUGAUCUUAUCAAUAGCGAUGGAAGAUCUGGUAGUGAAACUGCAAUCAAUAGCGAAGGUCCUGCUUGGAACAAAUUUUGGACGUCUUUAGAUAAUGAAGAUUCAGAUUCUGUACAUUCUGAUUCUGUUACUGGUACUGGAAGCGCUCCUCCUGAUGUGACUCCCUCAGAAUUUCAUUCGUUCAAUGUUGAUAUUAAACCUUCUGAUUCCAUUUCCCAUACAGAAUCGCCUAGAAAAUCUUCAAAUUUGACGAAUUCUCCAUCUGAUUUACCAUAUACAUUUAAAUUCAAGUCUCCAGCUGUAGAAGGACGGGUUCAUCGUAUAUCAUUAAAGCCAAGUGAAGGAGUAACUAAAUUAAGAAGUUUGAUGGAUAGUAAAUUGUACUCUAAUGACUUUGAAUUUUUGAGAGUGGUAAAGAAUGAUCAAGACGGGGAAAGCUAUGCUAUAAGCUAUGUUGAUGAUGAAGGUGAUAUCGUUUCGAUCACCUCUGAUUCUGACCUUUUAGACUGUGUGAGGAUCAACCAACAACUUAAUAAUGAUAAGGCAGAUUUGUACAUACAUAAUCCGCAUGAAUCGGCACCAGUAAACGAAAUGAAAAAUAAAAAACAAAAUAAACAAGAAAAGGAAGAAAUCUUGAAAGGAAUACCCAAUGAAAUAUUAAUUCCUGGCGCCUUAGGGAUAUUGGCCACAUCUAUAAUUAUCGGCUUUACAUUGAGCAAAAAAUAA